GUGUUUGAGAAAUUUCUGCUGGCUUCUGAUGAGAGCUUGAGACUUCUGCUUCAUUACUCACAGCAAAAUAUCCUCAAGAAGAAAUAUCAUUACGGCAGCUUAGAAUCAGCAGACAGGAAGGAAGAGAACUCAUUUAAAGCUGCCUCAUCUGGAAAUGAAUGACCAUGCCUCCCAUUCAUGUAACCCCACCCCUUGACACAGAACAGGAUUCAAACUCCCUGGUUAAAAAUAAUUAUAACUUAGGUUCCUUUUCCUAUGUUGGUCACUCUUUCCCUUCCUCCGUGUGAUUUAAUCCAUGGAGCUCGCAGAAGCAAAGAAGCCAGAGAACUGCGCCUUCAAAACAAAACUUGGGGACCUCCUCCUCUUCUACCCACUGUGCUCAAGAAGUCUACUGACUGAAGCAAGAUGCUGGCUGACAAUUCUUCUGACAAUUGUUCCUAUCCUUCCAUGGGUUUCCAGGCCUCCGUAUAUGCAGCAACUUACGUGAUCAUAUUCAUCCCUGGUCUGGUGGGCAACAGCCUUGCACUGUGGGUGUUGUGUUGCUUCGUCAAGAAGGAAAGCAAAGCGGUCGUUUUCAUGAUGAAUUUGUCCGUGGCUGAUCUGGCUCAUGUCCUCUCCUUGCCUUUGAGGAUGUACUACUACAUCAACCACAGGUGGCCCUUUGGGAGCUUCCUCUGUCAAUUCUGCUUCUACCUGAAGUACCUCAACAUGUACGCCAGCAUCUGCUUCCUCACCUGCAUCAGCGUCCAGAGGUGUCUCUUUCUCCUUCAUCCCUUCCGGACCAAAAGUUGGAACUACAGACACGAUGUUGCUGUAAGCGCUGUCAUCUGGAUCGUGGUGGGGGCUGCUUGCUUGCCCCUGCCAAUCCUGAGAAGCUCUGGCUUAACCAACAAGGACAACACCUGCUUUGCGGACCUCGGAGUAAAACAGCUGACGCAGGGAGCCUCCAUCACGCUGAUGGUGGUAGCUGAGCUCUCUGGGUUUCUGCUCCCUCUUGCAAUCAUCCUUUACUGCACGUGGAAGAUGAGGCAGUCCCUGCAGGAUCCUCGCGCUCCGUCGCAACAGGCCAACGAGAGGCGGAAAGCUUGGCGUCUGAUCUUGGGCUGUGCGGCUGUCUUCUUUGUCUGCUUCACCCCCUACCACAUCAACCUCCCCAUCUUUAUGAUGGUCAAACAAAGAGUCUUCGGGAGCUGCUUGGUCCGUCACCAUGUCCUGAAUUUCCACACCAUUUCUUUGUGCCUCGCCAGCCUGAAUUGCUGCUUGGAUCCUAUUCUCUACUAUUUCAUGACAUCAGAAUUUCAGCAGAGGCUGUUCCGACACAGCAGGGCUGCCUUCCUGCACCGAUUCAUCCAUUUAGACAACAGCAGGACUGCAGUUUCCACUGCCAAGGAGGAAGGAGAGGAGGAGGAGGGUGGGAAGAGAAGCGAGAAUAUUUUAAUGGCCUAUUUGCGACCCUUUCGGCCUCAAAGACUUAAAAAUGAUAGCAUGGAUCCUCCUCCGUCUCCUUAG